CUCCAAGGGGGCGGGUCCGGGCGCCUCCCAGCCCGGCCGGCCGCCCUCGGGCCCUCCCCCACCCCCCAGAAAGCGCGGGCCGCCCUGAGGGGCCGGCUUUCCCGGAGGGAGUUAGGCAGAUUAGUGAGGGGAAGAAAGGCGAGCAGCUGCCUCUCCACAGCCCCGGAGCCGUGCCUGCUUCCGUGCUGGGGCUUUCGAGAAUCUUUGAGGCAAUCUUGGAAGCCGUGAGUAAAGAGGAAGCUCCUUUCCUCAAUCCGGAGCGGUGGGUCGUAGCGGCUACUUCCGGUCUGGAGCUGCCGGCCGAACAUACGCGUUUGGCCCCGGAGCUGUGGUAGCCGUGCGGCUUCUGGGGCUGCCUGAGGGAGCAGGCUGGGGCCCGGCUAAACUCGGCUGGAGCUGGAGUAUUUGAAAGCAAAUGCAGAACAGGUAUUUCAACUGUCAAAGACAACUUCAUACCUAUAUAAUGUAACAGAAAUAGGUCAGGAAACAUUAGGCAAAAAGAAGUGUGGAGCAUAUUAAGCAAGAUGAACAUCUCUGGAAGCAAUUGUGGAAGCCCUAGUUCUGUAGAUAUAUCUAAUGACUUUAAGGAAAUUUGGACAAAACUAAAGGAGUAUCAUGAUAAAGAAGUACAAGGUUUACAAGUAAAAGUAACCAAACUGAAAAAGGAACGAAUUUUAGACGCACAGAGACUAGAGGAAUUCUUCACCAAAAAUCAACAGCUGAGAGAGCAACAGAAAGUCCUCCAUGAAACCAUUAAAGUUUUAGAAGAUCGGUUAAGAGCAGGAUUAUGUGAUCGCUGUGCAGUAACUGAAGAGCACAUGCGGAAAAAACAGCAAGAGUUUGAAAAUAUCCGGCAGCAGAAUCUUAAACUUAUCACAGAGCUUAUGAACGAAAAGAAUACUCUCCAGGAAGAAAAUAAAAAGCUUUCUGAACAGCUGCAGCAGAAAAUUGAAAAUGAUCAGCAGCACCAAGUGGCAGAUCUUGACUCUGAGGAAAAUGUUAUUCCAGAUUCACCAAUAACAGCCUUUUCAUUUUCUGGCAUUAAUCGGCUACGAAGAAAGGAGAACCUCCAUGUCCGAUACAUAGAACAAACACAUGCCAAACCGGAGCAGUCCGUGUGUACAAACGAACUGAGAAAAGUUCCAAAGUCUUCAAAUCAUCCACAACAUAAACCUAAUGGAAGUGAAAUUCUAGUGGCUGACACUUGUGAUCAGAGUCAAUCCCCAGUGGCUAAAACACAUGGAACAAGCAAUUGUCCUACUGAUAAGUCAUCUUUUAAUUUAGCUACAGUUGUUGCUGAAACACUUGGAUUUAGUGUUCAAGAAGAAUCUGAAUCUCAGGGUCCCAUGAGCCCUCUUGGUGAUGAACUCUAUCAGUGUCUAGAAGAUCACAAGAAACAACCUUUUGAGGAAUCUGUAAGAAACAGUGAAGACAGUUUAAGAUUUUCAGAUUCUAAGGCAAAGACUCCUCCUCAAGAAGAAUUGACUACUCGGGUAUCUUCUCCUGUAUUUGGGGCUACCUCUAAUGUGAAACGUAGUUUAGGUUUGAAUACAAGUUUGUCCCCUUCUCUCUUAGAGACUGGGAAAAAACUUCUGAAAACAGCACCCUUCAACAACACUUCUACUUCUAGAUCAGAGAAAACUAGAUCAAAAUCUGAAGAUAGUGCCCUUUUCACACAUAAUCUUGGGUCUGAAGUGAACAAGAUCAUUAGCCAGUCAUCUUCAAAUAAGCAGAUGCUUAUCAAUAAAAAUAUAAGUGAAUCCAAAAAUGAACAGGAUGGUUUUGACCACAUUAAAGAUGCUGUCACUGAUAAAGACAAACAUGCAGUACCCCUGAAAUCACUGGGAGGCAGAACAUGCAAAAGAAAGAAAAUUGAGGAAGAAAGUGAAGAUGAAGUUAGCUGCCCCCAAGCCUCUUUUGAUAAAGAAAAUGCCUUUCCUUUUUUACUGGAUGGUCAUUCUUCUGUGAAUGGAGAUUAUGUGAUGGAUAAACCUCUAGAUCUGUCUGAUCGAUUUUCGGCUAUUCAGCGUCAAGAGAAAAGCCAAGGAAGUGAGACCUCUAAAAUCAGAUUUAGGCAAGUGACUCUCUAUGAGGCCUUGAAGCCCAUUCCAAAGGGCUCUUCCUCAAGCCGCAAGGCCUUGAGCGGGAGCUGUGUGUUAACCAGAGAUUCCCCAGAGGAGCCCUGUUUACAGGAGUGCAUCCUCCAGUCCUUGGGUAAAUCAUCUCCAGAUAAUAAAACACCAUUACAAAUCAAGGAAGAAAAUCCCAUCUUUAAAAUCCCUCUACGUCCACAUGAAAGUUUGGAGACCAAGAAUCUUUUCGAUGAUGUGAAGGGAACUGAUUCUCAUGAGCCAGUAAAAAUAGCCAGGUCAGUCCGUGGAGCAUGUGAACUUACAUCCGUUCUUCAGUUAAAUCCAUGUAGAGUUGCUAAAACAAAGUCUGUACAAAACAGUCAAGAUGUAUCCUUUGAAAAUAUCCAGUGGAGCAUAGAUCCAGGAGCAGACCUUUCUCAAUAUAAAAUGGAUAUUACUGUAAUAGAUACAAAGGAUGGCAGUCAGUCAAGACUAGGAGGAGAGACAGUGGACAUGGACUGCACAUUGGUUAGUGAAACUGUGCUUUUAAAAAUGAAGAAGCAGGAGCAGAAGGGAGAAAAAAGUCCAAAUGGAGAAAGAAAAAUGAAUGAUAGCUUGGAAGAUAUGUUUGAUCGGACAACACAUGAAGAAUAUGAAUCCUGUUUGGCAGACAGCUUCCCCCAGGUGGCAGAUGAAGAAGAGGGAUUGUCAACUACCACAAAGAAACCAAACAUUUGUGGUAUGUGUGUUUUGUUUACAGUUCCUGGUGAUAAACAAAAUAAAGUCAAACAGAAAGCAUUUGUGGAGCCGUAUUUUAAAGAUGAUGAAAAAGAGACUAGCUUACAGAAUUUUCCUCAUAUUGAGGUAGUUCGGAAAAAAGAAGAGAGAAGAAAAUUGCUUGGACACACAUGUAAGGAAUGUGAAAUUUAUUAUGCAGAUAUUCCAGCAGAAGAAAGAGAAAAGAAAUUGGCUUCCUGCUCGAGACAUCGAUUCCGCUAUAUUCCACCCAACACACCAGAGAAUUUCUGGGAAGUUGGUUUUCCUUCCACUCAGACGUGUAUGGAAAGAGGUUACAUUAAGGAAGAUCUUGAUCCUUGUCCUCGUCCCAAAAGACGGCAGCCUUACAAUGCAAUGUUUUCUCCAAAAAGCAAAGAGCAGAAGACAUAGAUGUUGAAGCAAAAACAGGAUAGAAGACAGUUUGUUUCAUUCUUAGUUAUUUAUAGUUAAAGUUGGUAUUAAACAUUGAUUUUUUUGAUCUUCUGUAAACUGACUUAUAAAUCAUUUUUCUAUUGAAAGUGUUUUUAAAUGGCAUUUACCCACCACACAACAACUAUUUAAAAUGUGGAUAUGCUUAUGUUGUAUUAUCUUGCUUAUGCACCUUUAAAACAAUAAGGUGCUUUCAUUUUGCACUCUAACUUAAGAGCUAUUUACUUUAUUCGGUAAUACCUAAUUACAAUUUUGAAAAUAC